AUGCCAGCUGCCGCCGCUGCCGCAAACAACGUCAACAUUCAAGUCAAGAAGCUUGCUGCUCCCAGCGAAUCCGAGGCUGCUAAGGCCAAGGACCUCUUGAAGAAUCUCUCUGGUGCUUCCGAUGAGGCUCGUGAAGGUGCUGCUCAAGAGCUCGCUGCUUUCGUUAACGCCACUGGUGUUCAUGCUCUCAAGCAAUUCGGCAUUGUGGAUGCCAUUGCCAAGGAUCUUGGUAACAAGAAGAAUGCUGGUGCUCGUUUGUCUGCCAUUGCUGCCAUCAAGGCUUUGGCUGACAAGUCCGUUGAGGGUCAAGCUGAACCUUACAUUUUGCCCUUCCUCGCUACUCUUUUGGAGCUUCAAGCCGAGAAGCAAGCUGCCAUCAAGACCGGUGCUGCUGAAGCUGCCAAGGAUUUGGUUCUCAAGGUUGAAGCCAAUGCUACUGCUAUUGUUGUCCCCUACUUGUUGGGUGGUCUCGGCAACUCUUGCAAGUGGCAAACCAAGGCUCUUGCUUUGUCUUUGAUUGAUGAGCUCACCAAGGCCAAGGCUCAGCAAUUCUUCUACACCAUCCCUGAUGUGAUCCCUGUGGUCUCUGAUUGUAUGUGGGAUACCAAGACUGAUAUCAAGAAGGCUGCCACCACCACCAUGGGCAACAUUUGCGGUCUCGUUGAGAACAAGGAUAUCGAGCGUUUCAUUCCUGCUGUCAUUGCUUGUAUCAACAAGCCCGAGAACGUCCCUGAGACUAUUCACUUGUUGGGUGCCACCACUUUUGUCCAAGAAGUCGACUCGGCCACUCUUUCCAUCAUGGUUCCCUUGUUGAGCCGUGGUUUGGCUGAGCGUGCUACUCCCAUCAAGCGUAAGUCCGCUUUGAUCAUUGACAACAUGUGUAAGCUUGUCGAUGAUCCCGAAGUCGCUGCUCCUUUCCUUCCUCUCUUGUUGCCCGCUUUGGAGAAGAUUCAAGAUGUCGUUGCCGAUCCUGAAUGCCGUGGUGUCGUUCAAAAGGCUUUGGCUACUCUCAAGCGUGUUGGUACCGCCGACUAUGAAGUCUUGUCCAAGUCCAUGAAGGAAGAUAAGGUCAAUGCCGCUUUCAAGGAGCUCUUGCCUGCUGAUAUUGAUGCUGCUUAUGAGCCUCUUCUUAAGCACAUCUCUGAAGUUGCUCUUGCUCUUUGUGUUGCCAAGGAUUUCUUCAAGAACAACUGGAUCCAAUCCCUCUCCAGCUACAUCAAGGCUUUCGUCUCCGCUGCUGAUGCUGAGGUCCUUGUUGGCAAGGCUCUUGACAAGUGCGAGGAAGCUGUCACUCCCAAGGAUACCGAAGAGGAAGAUGAUGAGGGUGAAGAUCUUUGCAACUGUGAAUUCUCCCUUGCUUAUGGUGCCAAGAUCUUGCUUAACCGCACUGCUCUUCGUCUCAAGCGUGGUCGUCGUUAUGGUUUGUGUGGUCACAAUGGCUGUGGUAAAUCCACCCUUAUGCGUGCCAUUGCCAAUGAGCAAGUCGAAGGUUUCCCUCCCAAGUCCGAGCUUAAGACCGUUUACGUCGAACACGAUAUUGAUGGCUCUGAGGCUGAUACUCCUUUGGUUGAUUUCAUCAUUGCUUCCGAAGGUGUCGAGACCAAGGACAAGGAAAAGGUUGCCCAAAUCUUGCGUGACUAUGGCUUCUCUGAAGAAAUGGUCACCUCCCACACCAUUGGUUCUUUGUCUGGUGGCUGGAAGAUGAAGCUCGCUCUUGCUCGUGCCAUGUUGAUGAACGCUGACAUCUUGCUUUUGGACGAACCUACUAACCAUUUGGACGUUGUUAACGUUGCUUGGUUGGAGAACUACCUCCUUGGCUUGAAGACCGUCACUUCCAUCAUCGUUUCUCACGACUCUGGUUUCUUGGAUCACGUGUGCUCUGAUAUCAUUCACUACGAGAAGAACUACAAGCUCAAGCGUUAUAAGGGUAACCUUUCCGAAUUCGUCAAGAAGGUCCCUACCGCUGCUGCUUACUACUCUUUGGAGGCUGCCAACAUUGCAUUCAAGUUCCCUGAGCCUGGCUAUCUCGAAGGUAUCAAGACCAAGGAACGUGCCAUUCUCAAGAUGAAGAACGUUGAUUUCCAAUAUCCUGGUACUGCUCGCAAGCAACUCAAGAACAUCAGCAUGCAAUGCUCUCUUUCUUCUCGUGUUGCCGUCAUUGGUCCUAACGGUGCUGGCAAGUCCACUUUGAUCAAGCUUUUGACUGGUGAGAUGGAGGCUGAUAUCGGUACUGUUUGGAAGCACCCCAACUUGCGUAUUGCCUAUGUUGCUCAACACGCUUUCCACCACAUUGAGAAGCACUUGGACUCUACUCCUAACGAGUACAUUCAAUGGCGUUAUGCGACUGGUGAGGAUCGUGAAGAACUCGACAAGGUGGAUCGUCAAGUCACUGAAGAGGAGGAGAAGCAAAUGAGCCAAACCUUUGUCAUUGAUGGUGAGAAGCGUAUCGUUGAGGAAAUCGUGGGUCGUCGUAAGCUCAAGCAAUCUUACGAGUACGAGGUUUCUUGGGUUGGCCGUUCUUCUGUUGACAACACCUGGAUCUCUCGUCAACGUCUUGAACAAAUGGGUUUCGGCAAGAAGAUCGCUGAAUGUGAUGCUCAAGAAGCUGCCAAGUCGGGUCUCAACCGUCCUUUGACCUCCAAGGAAAUUGAAAAGCACUUGAACGAAGUUGGUUUGGAGCCUGAAUUCGCUACUCACUCUCGUAUCCGUGGUCUCUCUGGUGGUCAAAAGGUCAAGUUGGUUAUUGGUGCUGCCAUGUGGAAUCGUCCUCACAUGUUGGUUCUUGACGAACCUACCAACUACUUGGAUCGUGACUCUCUUGGUGCCUUGGCUGGUGCUAUCAAGGAAUACGGUGGUGGUGUCGUCAUCGUUACUCACAACCGUCAAUUCUCUGAAGCCCUUUGCGGUGAAGUCUGGAAGGUCGACAAUGGUGAGCUCGUUGCCUCUGGUCACAACUGGGUCUCUGGUAAUGGUACCACCGUCAUCAAGGAAGAGGAGCAAGAGGAUAUGGUUGAUGCUCAAGGUAACACCAUCAAGGCUGUCAAGAAGAAGGAGAAACUCUCUUCCCGUGAACUCCGUAAGAAGAAGAAGGAGCGUAUGGAACGUCGUAAGCGUGGUGAAGAGGUCUACUCUGAUGAAGACGAGUGGUAA